UGUAGCCGAGGUUACCGCAGUGUUUGCCGUUGCUAGGCCGGGUGUCAUGGUCUUAUUAUGGGCUGUAUGAAACACGAGCUAACGCUAACGGACCUGCUAGCUGCCAAGCGUCAGUAUUUUAACCAGCUGCUGGUCGGAGUGCUGCGGUUAACGGCGGUCAGUUAGCCUAGUUAGCUCAUGUGACCUAGUUAACCGGUUAUCUAAAGCAGGUUUGUGGCUGUGGACAGACAUCUUUACUCUGGUUAAUCAGCAGUACCGGGGAUUAUAAUCUGAACAGGGUCGUUGUGUCCGAAUAACUGGCGUUAAACUCUUAAUUUAACUUCCGGUCUCGGAGGGGUUCGAUCCGCUAACCGGGGUUCUGGUCCCGGACCAGAUUUACAGCUCUUUCAGAUGGUGGGAUGUGUAUUGGUGAACUACUGAAGGACUCGACGUGCUGAGCAGUGAGGUCUGGCAUCUUCUCACCAACAUGUCCAAGAGCAAAAGCUCCGAGUCCGUUAAGGUGGUGGUCCGCUGUCGCCCCUUGAAUGAGAAAGAGCGGGCUGCUGGAUUUGAGCGGAUGGUCUCUGUUGACGUCAAGCUGGGCCAGAUUAUUGUCAGGAGCCCCAGAGAUGCCAGCGAGCUUCCUAAAAUCUUCACGUUUGACUCGGUGUACGACUGGAACUCCAAACAAAUAGAUCUGUACGAUGAAACCUUCAGGCCUCUGGUGGACUCUGUUCUGCUCGGGUUUAACGGGACAAUCUUUGCUUACGGCCAGACGGGGACAGGAAAGACCUACACAAUGGAGGGAAUACGAAACGAUGCAGAGAGGAGAGGGGUGAUCCCUAAUUCCUUUGAGCAUAUAUUCACACACAUCUCACGCACCCAGAACCAGCAGUACCUGGUGAGAGCCUGUUACCUUGAAAUUUACCAAGAGGAGAUCCGAGACUUGCUCUCCAAGGACCAAUCACGGCGUCUGGAGCUCAGGGAGAGGCCCGACAUCGGCGUGUAUGUAAAAGACCUUUCAUCGUUCGUCACCAAGUGUGUCCGAGAGAUCGAGAACGUCAUGAAUGUGGGCAACCAGAACCGUUCGGUGGGCGCCACAAACAUGAACGAGCACAGCUCGCGCUCACACGCCAUCUUUGUCAUCACUGUGGAGUGCAGCGAGCUAGGUGUGGAUGGGGAGAACCACAUCCGAGUCGGAAAGCUCAACCUGGUGGAUCUGGCAGGAAGUGAAAGGCAGACCAAGACCGGCGCCCAAGGGGAGCGACUGAAAGAAGCCACGAAGAUCAACCUGUCUCUUUCGGCCCUGGGAAACGUCAUCUCCGCUCUGGUGGACGGCCGGAGCAGCCACAUCCCGUACCGGGAUUCAAAACUAACCCGUCUGCUGCAGGACUCCCUGGGCGGGAACGCCCGUACUGUGAUGGUCGCCAACAUCGGCCCGGCGUCAUACAAUGUGGAAGAGACCCUAACGACGCUCCGCUACGCCAACAGGGCCAAGAACAUCAAAAACAAGCCGCACAUCAACGAGGAUCCGAAGGACGCGAUGCUCCGGCAGUUUCAGGAGGAGAUUGCGAAGCUGAAGGAGCAGCUGAACAAACGAGGUGGAAAGAAGAAACGUAAAAAGCAGAGGAGGAGAGAUGGAAGUGAUGGUGAGGAUCUGGAAGACGGAGAGACGGAGGACGACGACGAUGAAGGAGGUGACUACUGGAGAGAGCAGCAGGAGAAGCUGGAGAGGGAGAAAAGGGCCAUCUUGGAAGAUCACAGUCUGGUGGCUGAAGAGAAGACGCGUCUGCUGAAAGAGAAGGAGAAGAAGAUGGAAGAUCUGAAGACCGAAAAGGAGGCUGGAGAGAAGCUGACCGCGAAAGUUAAGGCGAUGGAGAGCAAGCUUCUGGUGGGCGGAAAGAACAUCGUGGAUCACACCAACGAGCAGCAGAGGAUGCUGGAGCAGAAGAGGCAGGAGAUCGCUGAGCAGAAACGUCGAGAGCGGGAGAUCCAGCAGCAGAUGGAGAGCCGUGAUGAGGAGACGCUGGAGCUGAAGGAGACCUACAGCUCGCUUCAACAGGAGGUCGAUAUUAAAACCAAGAAGCUGAAAAAGCUCUUUUCCAAGCUCCAAGCUGUGAAGGCGGAAAUCCAGGACAUCCAGGAGGAGCACAUCAAGGAGCGCCAGGACUUGGAACAGACCCAGAACGAGCUCACCCGUGAACUCAAACUCAAGUACCUGAUCAUAGAAAACUUUAUUCCUUUGGAGGAGAAGAACAAAGUCCUCAACAGAGCUUUCUUCGACGACGACGACGAGUGCUGGAAGCUGAAGGCCAUCACCCGGAUUGAGGACGACCAUCAGAUGAUGUCCCGGCCUCGCUCCGCGGUGGGUUACAGGAGGCCUCUGAGUCAGCACGCACGCACCGCCAUGAUGCUGAGUCAUGACACGAGAUAUAAGGCUGAGAACAUCCUGAUGCUGGAGAUGGACCAGCCAGCGCGGACCACCAAGAAGUACCAGGAGCCGGUCAUCGCCCCGAAGGUGGCGGCGGCCCUGGAGGAUGCCCUGAGAGACGAGGACGAGAUCCAGGUAGAUGCUUCGGGCUUUCGCAGCAGUCUGGGAGCAGGUCCUCCUGCGGGCGCCAGCUCCAGCAGCAGCCUGAAGAAACCAAAGUCCGGUCGAACGAGAACGAGCAAGAAGUCGAGCACCCCGACGUCUCCGUUCAGCCCCUCCAGCCCAGGAUCCCCUCUUUACCCACAAGCCCGCGGCCUGGUGCCCAAAUAACGGCUCCUUCCAUCACUACCACCACCCUAACCCACUUUGGGUUCAGGUUGUUAGAAGCUGCUCUGUAGCUAGCAUCACGCUACCCAGCCAGCAGCGUCUCAAACAGCCUGGCUGCAGCGAGGAGCCACACAUCUCCAGCCACGGUUCUGUUUCCUGUUUGCUGUCAGACUGGCUUGUUGCAUUAAACCUGCAGGAUGUUCUGUUU